AGGGCGGGAGAUUCGGUGUGCAGCAACCCGCCUCCCGUCCCCCGCUGGCUUCGGUGGCACCCCUGGUCGACCCUGCCGCUCUUCGACCCUGCUCUGGCACCGCUCCCAAGAAUUUGGCCUCCCCCGGGGCCGAAGCCGCCUUCCCUGCCGCGACCAUUCAGCGGGGUGGCGUCGGGCAGGAGCCAAGCUGCUGGAGCCGCACCAGGUGGAACCCUAAUGGUGCGUGGUAGAGCAUCGGGGCAGCCUGCCUCCCUCUUCUGCUUAGCUCAAAGCUUGUGAGGCGACUCUACCUGAAUUUUCCAGCUGCAGAAUGUGUAGUACCUUUAAAGGUUGGCAAUGACGAAUAAACUGGAAGUAAUGGAAGACAAGAUGCUGGAGGUUCAGUUUGUUGGAGAUGAUGAUGUUCUUAAUCACAUUCUUGAUAGAGAAGGAGGAGUUAAAUUAAAAAAGGAGAGACCUCAACUUUUGGUCAACACAAAAAAAAUAAUAAAGAAGCCAGAAUAUGACUUGGAGGAAGAUGACCAGGAAGUCUUAAAAGAUCACAACUGCAUGCAAGUUUUAGAACAAAAUGUUCAAGACUCUUUGAAAAAUGGCUCUGCUACAGAUGGUGGGAAUAAAGUUUAUUCUUUUCAGAACAGGAAACACUCUGAAAAGAUGGCUAAAUUAGCUUCAGAACUAGCAAAAACCCCAAGAAAAAAUGUAUCAUUCAAUUUGAAGAAUGAUCCUGAAAUUAUGACUAACAUUCCUCAAUGUAGCAAGGGACAUUCGACUUCAGACAUGAUUCAGUUGAAGCAGAACAAUGAUAAUAGUGAAUUUCUAUCAACGGCACCUAGUGGUCUAAAGAAAAGAUUAAUAGUUCCAAGGUCUCAUUCUGACAGUGAAAGUGAGUAUUCUGCUUCCAACUCAGAGGAUGAUGAAGGCGCUGCACAAGAAUAUGAAGAGGACACUAAUGAAGUCACACUGAGCCAAAAGAUUCAAGCUCAGAAUAGAGUAGUUUCAAAUCCUGUUUGCAAAGAAAUACCUUCUAAGAAAAUGAAAAGAGAUAAAACAAGUGACUUAGUAGAAGAAUAUUUUGAAGCUCACAGCAGUUCAAAAGUUUUAACCUCUGAUAGAACACUGCAGAAGUUAAGGAGAACUAAACUGGAUCAGCAAACUUUGCGUAAUUUAUUGAGCAAGGUUUCUCCUUCCUUUUCUGCUGAACUUAAACAACUCAAUCAACAAUAUGAACAAUUAUUUCAUAAAUGGAUGUUGCAGUUACACCUGGGGUUCAACAUUGUGCUUUAUGGUUUGGGUUCUAAGAGAGAUUUACUAGAAAAGUUUCGAGCCACCAUGCUGCGAGAUUCCAUUCAUGUUGUCAUCAAUGGCUUCUUUCCUGGAAUAAAUGUGAAAUCAAUCCUGAAUUCUAUAACAGAAGAAGUCCUUGAUCAUAUGGGUACUUUCCGCAGUGUCCUGGAUCAGCUAGACUGGAUAAUAAACAAAUUUAAAGAAGAUUCUUCUUUACAACUCUUCCUUCUCAUCCACAACUUGGAUAGCCAAAUGUUGAGAGGUGACAAAAGUCAGCAAAUUAUUGGACAGUUGUCAUCUUUACGUAACAUAUACCUUAUAGCAUCUAUUGAUCACAUCAAUGCUCCUCUCAUGUGGGAUCAUGUAAAGCAGAGUCUUUAUAACUGGCUCUGGUAUGAAACUACUACAUAUAGUCCUUAUACGGAAGAAACCUCCUAUGAGAAUUCUCUUCUGGUUAAACAAUCUGGAUCACUACCACUUAGUUCCCUAACUCAUGUCUUACGAAGCCUUACCCCUAACGCAAGGGGGAUUUUCAGGCUACUAAUAAAGUAUCAGCUGGAUAACCAGGAUAACACUUCUUACAUUGGACUUUCUUUUCAAGAUUUUUAUCAGCAGUGUCGGGAGGCAUUCCUCGUCAAUAGUGAUCUGACACUUCGGGCCCAGUUAACUGAAUUUAGGGACCACAAGCUUAUAAGAACAAAAAAGGGAACUGAUGGAGUGGAAUAUUUAUUAAUUCCUAUUGACAAUGGAACAUUGACUGAUUUCCUGGCAAAGGAAGAAGAGGAGUCUUGAAGCUAUCCUUUACUCCUGGAUCUUCUGUGGAAGGUUGUUAUAGUCCAGCUGCCACGCCUCUGAAGUGUUGUGUUCACAUCCAACAUUAGACUUUUUCCAGUGUACAAGAGUUAAAAUUGGGAGGGGAAUGUCAUCAUUUUAGAACCUUGAUUAGCCUGGCUGGUGUACCAUCUCUAGUACUAUGCUAUGCAGUGAUCCUCAAGUUGGAGAAAAUGUGCCUUUCAUUCUUUACCUCUCUGGAGACUUCUUGUUGGAAUGAACAGUGUGCUCAGGGACUAUCUGGAACUGGAUGUUUGUGAAUUCUUUUAUACUAGAGAUGAUAUGACUCCUAAGUUUUUGAGGGCCUUUUAACACUCUCAGAGCUGUUUGCAAAUGUGCUUAUUCCAGAGUGUGGAAGUACAAAGACACUGGCAUCACGUAAAUCUGCUUUCUUAGGUUGUUCUGCUUGUCAGACAGGAAGGCAGAUCAGCUCUUGCUGUUUCAGAAAUGGCUUAACAAAAGGUAUAAGACGGGAAAAGUAGGUGACCCCACACUCUGCUUUUGGAUUUAGGCUCCAUACUGGUAGGUGGGAGGGGAUAUGAUACUAUUCAGUUAGGUAGUGGGAAAAGCCUAACAAGCAUAUAGUGUGUAUACCCACCCUAGAAAGCACAUGAACAAUAGAACAUAAUAUUCAGAACCGUUAAUGUCUGUGCCAUCACCUUCAUGAUACAAGUGAGAAGCCAGGCUAGAGAAAUACACUCCUGAAUUACAUUUGAGUCAUUAUUUUCAAGACUACAGAAAAUAAAAAUUUAAUUAUUCUUGUAUAUCAACAUAUUUUUCUUGUCUUGAAUAACAUGCAGAUGAGUAGCAUGUUAAUGACUGGCUUUAAAAUUAAUCUUGAUUUCUUUAUCAAGUACACCUAAAACUCACUAUAAGACAUUUCAUUUUUUUUCUUAAAGUGACAAUUUCAAGCCUCCUAAAUAUUUUUCUUAGGAAAAAGGCUAACCUUGGCCACUGUAGUCAGCUUAUCGUCUUCACAUACUCCCUGAAAUACUGUAUACUUGGAAGUGAAACUCUUCGUGAAAAUAUCACUGUAAUAAAGUAUGUACGGCAUCAGCAUUUUUUCACUCAUUUCUUAUCUUGUAAACCCUUUUUAUGAAAAUAUUUCCCAAAAUGCUGAGAAGUUUUUUAAUCAUUUCAUUGUGGCAUAUAAUUUGUUAAAUCCAUGUGUUAAGGGUUAGUCUUACAUAUUAAUCAAAAUAUUUAAAGAAAUUGUACAUCGUUAUGAUUCUAAAAAAUUUUAAUUGUACCAAAUGCUAUUCAAUGAAAAGUCAGUUUCUUUUCAAUUCCCUGAUCCAAUCUCUUAGGCAACCACUGACAGCAGUUUAUUCUUCCAGAGGCAUUCUAUGUACAUGUUAAGGUUUUUGGUCUGUUUCUCCUUUUAAAAAUACAAAUGAUAGCAUAUGAUAUUUGCUGGUUUGCACCUUGCUUUUUUUGGCUUAAGAUAAUCUAGUUUAUAAUUAUAGUAUAAAAAAGUAUACAAAAUCUUCAAAUGAUCUAAUGUGCAAACGUUACAUUUGCCCUUA